UCGUACUGUAUUCACGUAGAAUCAAACAGAAGAUAUAAAGUUUUAAAAUAAUCCCUCAUAACGUUUCUGGAUUUGAUGGAAAUGCGCUGGGCGCUGCUGCUGGUUUCGGGAUUUGUAAACGGGAAUGAGGUGAAAUCUCGCGAGAACUGAGGGAUUCGUGGGCUUUGGCUGUCAGGGUUGUGCCUGUGGGAGCAGUGCAAAGAGCAAACACUAGAAAAAGCUCCAGAAUGCAAUGCAGCUAUAGGAUGUGUAAGAUAUGAAACUCAACUGUGCUAAUUAAUGGACUACGAGAUAAUAAACCUGCUGGUGGUGACUUUGAUUUGCGUACAUAUUUAAACCUGACCAGUUUGAUCAAAGAAUACAGAUGAGAGACGGCAUAGAGAAACUCUGAAUAUGAGUGAUGAAAAACCGUUCCUCUGCACUGCUCCUGGCUGUGGUCAGCGAUUUACAAAUGAAGAUCAUUUGGCAGUCCAUAAACAUAAGCAUGAGAUGACACUCAGGUUUGGACCAGCGCGCAGUGACAGUGUCAUUAUUGCUGACCAAACACCCACCCCCACACGCUUUCUAAAGAACUGUGAAGAGGUUGGACUGUUCAACGAGCUUGCUAGUCCCUUUGAACAUGACUUCAAAAAGGCCACAGAGGAGGAUAUUAAAAAGUUACCUUUGGACUUGUCUCCUCUUGCAACUCCUAUUGUGCGAAACAAAAUUGAGGAACAGGCAUACCUGGAAUCACAUAGAGACAGCCCACUUCCCCACCCUGAAUCUACAACCAAUGAUGACAAGGACGUUUCUUUGCAGCCGACCUCACUGCCUACAUCCGCUAUAGUCCGUCCUGCCUCCCUUCAAGUUCCCAAUGUACUUCUGGCCAGUACUGACGCUAGUGUUGUUAUUCAGCAAGCCCUUCCAUCUCCAACGUCUAGUUCUGUUAUAACUCAAGUCCCAUCCUCUAAUAGGCCAAUAGUUCCAGUGUCUGGCACAUUCCCAGUGAUUCUGCAGCUGCCAAAUGGACAGACCAUGCCCGUCGCCAUCCCAGCCACCAUCGCCAGCUCUAGCGUACACAUCCCCACUGCCAUACCUCUGGUAAGACCAGUCACCGUAGUGCCUAACGUCCCUGGGAUCCCCGGCCCCUCCUCUCCACAACCUGUCCAAUCAGAAGCAAAGAUGAAGCUGAAGGCAGCUCUAAGUCAACAGCUUCCUCAAGUAACCAAUGGAGACACGGAGCAAAGUCGGGCUGCCAGCCAGACUCCGCCCCCAGUGCCACCCCUUGUCCCACCCCCAGUCCCACCAGUAGUCCCACCACCACCAGCUGAGGAGACACGUCCACAAUCACUACAACAACCAGCAACGUCAACCACGGAAACACCUGCAUCGCCAGCCCCGCCCGCUCAGCACACACCCAGUACAGGUGGGCGGCGGCGGCGGUCAACCAACGAAGACCCAGAUGAAAAGAGACGGAAGUUUUUAGAGAGAAACAGAGCAGCAGCGUCACGUUGCAGACAGAAGAGAAAAGUGUGGGUGCAGAGUCUGGAAAAAAAAGCUGAAGACCUGGGCUCUAUGAACACACAACUACAGAAUGAGGUGACUUUGUUACGAAACGAGGUGGCCCAGCUGAAGCAGCUCCUGGUAGCUCAUAAGGACUGCCCAGUGACGCUCAUGCAGAAGAAAUCUGGCUACCACUUGCUCGAUAAGGAGGACAGCAGUGAGGAGAUGUCCGUCCCCAGCAGCCCUCAUAACGAGGCUAUCCAGCACAGUUCUGUCAGCACAUCCAAUGGCGUGAGCUCCUCUACAGCAUCCGGCUCUGCCAGUGGACCAACCACAGACCAGAGCACAGAGGGGGAGGAGUCGAACGCGGCCUUGGCCACUCGUACCCAGCCGGCUAAGAGCUGAUCAGGAUUCCUUGUGGUUACUUUUGUUCCAUGCAGCCAUGUUGAUGUGAGGUGGAAAAAGAUCCCUCACGUUUCCUUAGUCUGAAGAAUACUCAUCAAGUUCAUUUAAUUUGCCACCAAACACAUUUUAUCAAAACAUAAUCAAGAUGCAAGGGAUGGCACUUUACAAACUACGAGUUACUAUGGUUGUACCAAUUGUCUAAUUUCGCUUCUCCGCUUUUUUGGCCAUGUUUCCAUGUUUAUUUAUUACAUGAACAUGAUCGUGACUUGUGUGACAUUGGAACUCUGAAGUAAUAACUGACUCAGUGUGUUUUAUAUAAGAGUCAAAUGCCAAAGUGUGUUAUGGCUCAUUGUAAUGGGAAAUUGAUUUUCUCCAGCACUACUGCAGGCCUACAGAGAUACAGAGCAGCCAUGUUUGUUUCUUUAUGCCUUUUCCAUUUUGCACAUGAGGAGAGACCGGUGGUUUAUUUUUAUGUAGUGUUUGACUGUUAAAAUGGCCAGUUCUUGCAGCUUCUAGGAAGAGAUUUGAAUGUGCGCGUUGUUUCAAAUCUUCAAUGAGUGAGCAAAGUUUAAAAAAGUUUUUUUUUUAUUUAUUAUAAUUUAAUUAUUUAUUUUUUGGGUGAGUGAGUUGUUGGUAUGUCCAUAAGUGAUAAGAUGUGGGCAGAAUGUUUUAAGUAAUCUUAGGCCUUUUAAUGAGAUUUGUUUAGAGUAACGUCUUUUGAGAGCAGAGCUUUGAUCAAAAUUCCAUGAGUAGUUUGUUCCAGUUCGGUAACUAUAGGACUAGAGUGCAUAUUUCACCACACAGACAUGUCUUUGAUGUUGAUUUAGACGUGUGUCAUUUUUAAGGAAUGUAUUAGUUACAAAUAUUGAUUCGUAACUGACGAAUACAGGCAGACGGCUGAAUAAAAGUAGAUUGUGUUCUCAGAUCACAAAGGCUUUCAUGUACAUAAUGUGGAAUGAGUGAGGCAUAAUGAUUUUUUAUAAAUGUUCUUUGCCACUUGCAGGCAAAAGGACGAAUUCUGAAUCUCUAGUGUUCGACUUUUUAAAACACUCUUGGGUAAAAUAAGACUUUUGCUGUUGUUAAUUCACCUCGGUUUAUUGUCCAAUACUACAUUUUAGGAAACACUGUAAAUGUCAUUAUUGACGACGAUAACAUUGUAUAUGAUAUCAGCAAAAAUUUUGUGCAUUGUUUAUGUUAGGGUCUUAUAGGCCUUCAUUUCUUAAGGAUAAGAAUGUUAUGUUAAAAAACUAUAAACACUUUCCACACUUGAACUGUGGAGGAGUCAAUUCUUUCAAAACAAAAAAAAGUAGCAACAAGUAAAUCAUAAUAAUACUACAACUUUUGAAUUGUUAAUAUUAUAAUCAGCAGUUUAUUUCCAAAAAUAAGGAAAAUGUUUAUGUACUUUAUUUAAGUUAAAUUAUUUAAUUGCAGUUGAGCUUAGUGAUAAUUACUGAGUAACUCCUAGAAUCAUCAGUUGGGCUCAAAUUGUCUUAUCUCUUAAAAUGUAUUGGCUUACUACUGUGUAGUUUUAUUGAUGCAUUAUUAUUAUUAUUUUAUUUAAUUUAUUUAUUUAUUUUUGCUUUUCUACAUGUCAUCUAUUUAAGAACGAUUUUGUUUUACAGGUAAAUUACUGUUAUGUGCUUACUUGCAUGAAGGACUGAUUCUCCAAGAGAAUUAGACUGGUAUUUUAAACAUAUCUUAGUUGGAUUAUUGCUGUAGAAGAUGUUAAACUUUGAUUUUCAGUCAGGAGGUGGCAGGUUGACUUUCUCCUGUUUGUUAAACUUUGGCCACACUGCAGAAAAAAAGAAUGUUACUGUUAUUGUGUUGGCAGUAAACUUGUACUUUCGUGAAAGUUAUGUAUAAAGUACCAUAAAUUAAUACACUGUUGUAAUAAAUCUUUUAAUAUCUCUUUAAA